UGAAAAUGGGAGGAGUAAAAGGCCAUUAAGGGCGAGUCCUGUUGCCUCUUCCUCAGUGUGUUCAUAGAGAUUGUCAGUCCCUAUUGUGUUGGCUUUGGUUUGUUAAGGAAUUUGUUGUGAACCAGCUGCUGCAUCUACAUCGAAAUGGCUGAUCAGCUUACAGAAGAGCAGAUUGCUGAGUUCAAGGAAGCAUUUUCAAUCUUUGACCAUGAUGGAAAUGGCAGAAUCACCACCAAAGAGCUGGACAAAGCUUUGCAAGCUCUGGACCAGAAACCCACAAAGGCAGACCUGAAGGACAUGAUCAAGGAAGUGGAUGCUGAUGGAAAUGGAACGAUAGAGUUCCCAGAGUUCCUCACCCUGAUGGCCGAGAUGAUGAAAUGCUCAGACGACGAGACGGCGAUCAAAGAAGCAUUCGAUAUCAUUGACAAGGAUGGCAGUGGAUACAUCUGUGCUGAUGAGCUGCGCCAUGUGAUGUCAAAGUUUGUUGAGAAGGUGGCUGCUGAAAAAGUGGACAAGAUGAUCAAAGAAGUAGACAUUGAUGGAGAUGGACGAAUCAACUAUAAAGAGUUCGUAAAAAUGUUGGAGUUGUGAAGGCUGAGUUGCACUACUGCCUGUAGGCUCAUCAGGUCAUGUCAAGUAUUCAUAGAAAAAGAUGAAUAUUGUAGUUCUUGAAAAGUAAUAAAACAGAAAUGGAACAAAGUGUGA